AGCAGCUUGUUAAAGACGGUUCUACUGAAAAGAAAACACGGCACCCACUACUUUGGCAGUAUUCCACGCCCUAAUCCUUAAAUAUGGAUGAUGCAGAGUAUCAGAAACUGAGCUGUAACGUGGAAGGAUCGAGGCAAGAGCAAUCAGGAUCUGGAACGGCUGUUAUUUAUACCUCAGCUGGAGAAGAACUUACCAUAAACUGUGAUAUUGUUCAUGAAAUGGAAUCCCAGACUUCAACUCAAAGAGACAAGUGGGGCAAAGGCGUGGAGUUUCUUUUCUCCUGCAUAGCCCUGUCCGUGGGUUUGGGAAAUGUCUGGAGAUUUCCAUUCAUAGCUCUGGAGAAUGGUGGGGGUGCCUUCCUUAUACCCUAUGUGAUAGUGCUCCUGUUGAUUGGUCGACCUGUUUACUAUCUGGAGGUGAUCAUUGGACAGUUUUCGAGUCGUGGCUGUAUUUUAUUGAAGCUGUACUAA